CGAAGUCACAUUUUACAUAAAAGGCAAGUAAUAUUUUUAUUUACAUUGAGAAGGCUUAUGAUUAUUUUACGUCAAUCGGUAGUUGUCAAAACAGUCAGUAUGAAAAUGGCAGUGAAAAAUACGAUCAGUAUACGUAAUUUCAAAGGCUUACCAAGUCUUCACGCGAAAUAUCCUGAGAGCCAAUGGGCACUAUUAGAACCAGACUUAAUAGCAAUACUGAAUGGCAACAAGAUUUCCCACGCUCUCGAGGAUAUAUACAGAACAGUCGACACGCUGCACAAGACAAACUGCAAUUGUGAGUCAUUUAUGCUUGAUAAUUUACGAACCCUUAUCGAAACGAAUUUGCUGCAAAAACUCUACAUACUUCUCGACAAAGAGGACGAUUUCCUGAUGGACAUCAACGUAUUAUGGAAAAAUUUCUGCGGACAAAUGAGAACGAUAAGAAACAUAUUUAUCCUUUUCGAAAAAUCGCCAAAAUCCAACCAGCAAAAUAAUGUGCAUCUCAUGAGUUCAACGCUAUUCAAAAAUAUCAUAGUUCUCAACGCAACCAUACGAAAAAGAAUUGUCACCGAACUAUUAAAGGCCAUAGAAAUCGAAAGGAAUGGAAUUCAAAUAGACGUCAAACUGAUGAGAGCCAUCACAUCGAUGUUAACAGACCUGCAAACUUACACGGAAGUAUUCCACAAUGAGUUCGAGAGAAUAUCAGAAGAAUUUUACGAGAACGAAGGCAACGAACUGAUCAAGUAUUAUUCAGUCUCCGAAUAUCUGAAGUACACCUCGUUCCGCAUCAAGGAAGAAGAAGAAAGAGGAAUGAACUACGUGAACGGCAACACAACAUUCGCCAUGAUAAGCAUAAUAGAGAGAAAAAUGAUAGGCAACCACGUCACCGAGAUCUUAGACGCUGGUUUCGAAAAACUGAUAGAGGAUGAGAACCACGAAGAUCUCAGUCUGAUGUACAGUUUGAUUUGGCGUAUGUUUGGAGGCUACAAUCACCUGUCCCUUUACUUCAACGAGUACGUCAUGAAGGUUGGCAACAAGAUCAUGAACAUGACAGACGGAGAAACCAUAGAACAUCUGCUCGAGUUCAAGAAGAAACUCAACUCGGUGAUCAAAAACUGCUUUAUGGGCAACAAACUCAUGUACGAGGAUCUGAGAAAACGCUUCUCGAAGUUUAUAAACACUCAGCAGAACAGGCCAGCUCAGUUACUGGCGAAAUACGUGGAUCAGAAACUGAGGGCUAAGAAUAUCAACAUGGACGAACUGGAAACGUGCCUAACAGAAAUAAUGGCAAUUUUCAGACUCAUCCAGGGUAAGGACAUCUUCGAGGCGUUCUAUAAGAAGGAGCUCGCGAAGAGGUUGCUGUUAGGAAAAUCUGCCAGUCAAGAUGCAGAAAACAGCAUGGUAUCCAAGCUGAAAUACGAGUGUGGAAGCACCUUUACGUCCAAAAUCGAGGGUAUGUUCAACGAUAUAAGCAUAAGCAGCGAAAUCAAUUCUGCCUUCAAGCAAUAUCUCACCAACCUGACGGAAAAAAACAGCAUACCAGACCUUUCCAUAAAUAUCUUGACGAGCAGUUUUUGGCCUAAUUACCCUACUUUCAAGGUCAACCUACCUGUUGAGUUCAUCAGCUAUCAGGAUCUGUUCCAGAAGUUUUAUUCUAUGAAUCACAGCGGAAGAAAGCUGUUAUGGCAACCGAAUCUCGGAUACUGCAUUCUUAAAGCUGACUUCGAGAAUGGUAAGAAGGAACUACAAGUCUCUCUGUUCCAAACGUUGAUCCUUUUACUCUUCAACACAUCUGUCGAACUGAACUACAACGAGAUCAAAGAGUUGACAAAUAUCGAUGAGAAGGAAUUAAAACGUACGUUGAUAUCUCUCACCUGCGGGAGAAGCAGGGUAUUGCUGAAGAAUCCCAAAGGUUUGGGAAUUGAAGAAACUGACAAGUUUAUGUUGAACAAGCAGUUCACGGACCGAUUGUUCAGGGUGCGAAUCAACCAAGUCCAACUGAAAGAAACGGAAGAAGAAGAUAGGAUCACUGAACAGCAUGUUCUCAUCGAUAGACAGUUUCAAAUCGAUGCAGCCAUAGUUAGGAUAAUGAAAUCUUGUAAAUGUAUCAGUCAUACAAACUUGAUAAGUGAACUCUUCAACAAAUUGGGCAUUCCUGUGAAACCUUCGGAUUUGAAAAGAAGGAUAGAGUUGUUGAUUGAAAGGGAGUAUAUGGAAAGAGACAAAGAUAAUCCAGCCUAUUACAAUUAUAUCGCUUGAAUGUAUUUCUGGAGAUAGUUCAUUAAAUAAAUAUAUAAGUC